GCGUUCCCGAAGAAGCAAUGUCCCAGGACAGGCCAGGACGAAGAGCUGGGCCUAGAAAAGAAGAGGGCGGUCCCGGCGGGUCGCGUGUGGAAAAAACAGACCCCGCACCUCCGGGGACGCGUUGCGCGCGGGGGGGUGCUCCGCAAAAACACGUGGAGAAUUCCACGGGGGUGCCCCGGAGGGCAGAAUGACGACGUCCUACCGCACGAGAGGUGGCCCACGAGGUACGGGGUAUUUUUUGCCACGCCAGCGGCGAAGCGUUCGACGUGGCCCGCGAGGUGUGUGGUAUGGCUCUCUGCAGAUGGGUAUAUGUUCACCAUCUGUCUCGGCAAGCUGCCGGGACGCAGAGUGCCAGGCGGGCGGCGUCGCCGGCUGAAUCUGUGGAAGAGAAGGCGGAGAAGACAGAGGACGAGGAAGGAGGAGAGAGAGGGAGCGCCUGGAUGAAGUGCGUGUCCUUCUGGGCGCAGGCGUCGUGCACGAGCAGCGAGGUGCAGGCUGCCUUGUUCUGCUCCCCCUCCUCGUCGAAGGCGUGGUCCCCCCUCCUCCUUUGCUCAGAGGGGUGGGGGGUGUUCCGGAGCUGGAGCGGUCGGAGGGCCCAUGGCAGCCUUCUUGAGGAAUCCUGUUGGGCGAGGUAGACCGAUAAGUGGACAUUUGAGAGGACGACUGAGAAGACGGAGCGAUCUGAGGGGAAAACGGCGACCCGCAUCUGUUGGUGCACGCCGCGAGCUAGCGGGGGUCUCGAAGAAGCCGUCCCGGGCGUUUGCGGCAAGGUUCAGGGCCUAUUUGUGCGAGGUCCUCUAGCGGGAGGAAUGUUUCGUGACGCGGCGAAGAUGCGUUUUCCCUUGCAGGGCCCCCUAUAUGAUAUCCGCCGCUGCUGGGGUAACAGUACCUCCGAUCCCGACGCAGCAACUGAAUGCCCACGCCUGGCGCAGCAACUGAAUACCCACACCAGUCAGGAAGUAGCAUCGAACCUGGCGCAGAAACUGAAUGGAACUCAAUGUUUCCAUCCGCGGGGUCUCCGCCGCUUCUGGGGGAAGAGUAUCUCCGAUCCUGGCGCAGCAACUGAGUGCGCCAGACUGUGGCGCUCCAGCCACUUGGCGUACGGGCCGAACAGGUAAGCGACGAGGGAGGUGAUCUUGUCGGCGCCCGCACUGUUGUUUUCCACAGGAGGGCACUGAUACCCGGUUCUCGGAUGGCAGCCAGCAAUGUCGACUGUCAAACGCAACGCGUGCUCGACUACCCGGCUGUCGCUCCAAAAUGUCUUCAACACUUUCAAGAUAUCCUCCGGCGCUGCCAUUCCGGAGCUGCGCGCGGCGCGCGCGGCGGAGGCCGCCGUCGAUCGAAGAGUCAGCGUCUUGUUGUGAAAUAGCACGAGAAGCGUGAAGAAGAGCAUCAUGUGGAAACCUUCGUUCAGGUACCUCCUUGUGAUAGUGGCCAUGAGGUGGAGGUCAGUCCACUCGCAGCCCUUGGUGGCGAUGACCAUGUCCAGCAGGAGGUCUGGAGGAUUCAAACACACAGGCAGAAGGUUGAACUUCAGGUCGUCCAACAUCCGGAGUCCGAGGGUGGCUGACCAAGGGAGGAGGCUGUGGGAUGACGGCGGGAGCCCGUUCCAGAAGAACUCACCCCAAGUGGUGCCUGUGACAACUUCGAUGCCAAUGGACGUGAGGGCGUCGAGGACCUUGUGUGGUAGAGUGUCCCCGGCGGUGCACUGAAGGACUGUCAUCGCGUUCUUGACCACGAAGAAAAGGGAGAGGAGGGCGAAGUGGCCGUAGUGAAGUCCCGGCCAUUUCUUCUCCGUGUUUUUCCACAAGGCUUUCAGGUGGUCGGCUACGGUGCGCAUGGCGGCGCCCGGAUGCUGUGCCCGGGGCAGGGUGGGUAGCGGUGAGGCAGCGGUUGAGCCCAGGUCU